UUAAAAAUGCACAGUGAGAAGCAGGCUUCAGUAAAGUACUAUGUUGGAAUUGAUGUUGGGUCAGCAAGUGUUCGCGCAGCUUUGGUAGAUGAGUUUGGAAUGGUAGUGGCACAUGCAGAGCAGCCAAUCCAAAUUUGGGAGCCCCAACCAGACCACUAUGAGCAAUCCUCUGCAGACAUAUGGGCUGCUUGUUGCUCAGUCACAAAGAAAGUUGUCUGUGGAGUAGAUGCCAGACAGAUUCGAGGGAUUGGUUUUGAUGCUACAUGUUCUCUUGUUGUUGUGGAUAAACAGUUCCAACCUUUGGCAGUCAACUGUGAAGGACAAAACCAUAGGAAUGUUAUUAUGUGGAUGGACCAUCGUGCAGUCAGUCAAGUUGAGCGCAUCAAUGCAACACAACACAGAGUUUUGAACUAUGUAGGGGGAGUGAUGUCUGUUGAAAUGCAGCCACCUAAAUUGCUGUGGAUAAAGGAAAACUUGCAAGAAUCAUACUGGGAGAAGGCAGGCUACUUCUUUGAUCUUCCGGAUUUCUUAUCUUGGAAAGCCACAGGUGUGACUGCAAGGUCCCUCUGUACAGUAGUGUGCAAGUGGACGUACACUUCAGAUGGAGGCUGGGAUGACAGUUUCUGGAAAAUGAUUGGUUUGGAAGAUUUGGUGAAGGAUAAGUAUGAAAAAAUAGGAAACCACGUCUUGUCUCCUGGAGAGUCUGUCGGAAAAGGUCUAACGCCAGAAGCUGCAAAAGAUCUUGGUCUCCCCGAAGGGAUUGCAGUGGCAGCAUCUCUCAUUGAUGCACACGCUGGAGGACUAGGAGUAAUUGGAGCAGAUGUGAAAGGACAUAACCUGCCAUGUGAAAACCAGCCAAUUACAUCCCGAAUUGCUAUGAUCUGUGGAACAUCCUCGUGCCACAUGGGGGUCAGUGAAACACCCAUUUUUGUGCCUGGUGUUUGGGGACCUUACUUCUCUGCUAUGGUACCUGGAUUGUGGUUGAAUGAAGGAGGUCAGAGUGCUACAGGAAAACUGAUAGAUCAUGUGGUCCGAGGCCAUGUCGCCUUCCCGGAAUUACAGUCAAAAGCUGCAGCCAGUGCUCACAGUAUAUAUACAUACUUGAACAGUCACCUGGAUCUGAUUAAGAAAUCUUUGCCUGUGGGUUUCCUCACUGUUGAUAUCCAUGUUUGGCCAGAUUUCCAUGGUAACAGAUCUCCCUUAACAGAUCUGACACUAAAGGGCAUGGUUGUUGGACUAACAUUGUCUGGGGGUCUGGAUGAACUUGCCCUUAUCUACUUGGCCACGAUUCAAGCCAUCGCUUUAGGAACAAGACAUAUUUUGGAAACUAUGCAGGCUGCAGGGCAUCAUAUCAACACGCUGUUUCUGUGUGGUGGGCUGAGCAAGAACCCUCUCUUUGUGCAGAUGCACGCUGACAUUACUGGCAAGCCUGUUGUCCUGUCUAAAGAAGUGGAGGCUGUUUUGGUGGGUGCUGCUAUUCUUGGAGCUUGCGCUUCUGGGGAUUUUGCAUCUAUACAGGAGGCCAUGUCAAAAAUGGGGAAAAUUGGGAGAGUCGUGCAGCCGAACCAUGAGCAUAAGAG